UCCGGCUGGAACACUGCGUAGGCGCCGGGCGCCAAGCGUGCUGGUGGGAAGCGGGGCGCGGGGGAACGGGGCUGCGGUGGGACUGCACUUCCGUGUGCACCGGCAUCACAGCACCGGCUGCCUCCAGACUGGUUGAGCACGACCCAGGCUCUGGUUUUAAAAUGCAGCAGCGAAGAGGAAGGACAGGGAGAGUCAGAUGGCGAAGACGAAGUUCUGACUCAAGAGGAGUGAACGAGAGCCACCGACCCGAAUUCAUAGAACUGAGAAGAUGGCUGAAAGGUAGAAAGUUUGAAGACACAGGCUUAGUGCCUGCCUGCUUUCCAGGAACAGGAAGAGGGUUGAUGAGCAAAACAGCACUGCAGGAGGGACAGAUGAUUAUCUCGUUGCCUGAGAGCUGUCUGCUCACCACGAACACUGUGAUUCGAAGCUCCUUAGGGCCCUACAUGAAGAAGUGGAAGCCUCCCCCAUCUCCUCUGCUGGCCCUGUGCACCUUUUUAAUCUCAGAAAGGCACGCAGGCGGUCAGUCCCUCUGGAAAUCUUACCUGGACAUUUUACCCAAGUCGUACACCUGCCCGGUCUGCUUGGAGCCGGACGUGGUGGAUCUUCUGCCCCAACCUUUGAAGGCGAAGGCAGAAGAACAGAGAGCCGACGUGCAGGACUUCUUUGCCUCCUCCAGAGCCUUCUUCUCCACCCUGCAGCCUCUGUUUGUGGAGCCCGUGGACGGCAUUUUCAGCUACAGCGCCUUCUUGUGGGCCUGGUGCACUGUGAACACCAGAGCUGUGUACCUGAGGUCCACGAGGCAGGAAUGCCUUUCUGCAGAGCCAGACACAUGUGCACUUGCGCCGUACUUGGAUCUGCUGAAUCACAGCCCACAUGUCCAGGUAAAGGCAGCGUUCAGCGAGAAAACCGGCUGCUACGAGAUCAGGACAGCCUCACGCUGUAGGAAGCACGAGCAAGUGUUCAUCUGCUACGGCCCCUAUGAUAACCAGCGGCUGCUCCUGGAGUACGGCUUUGUCUCUGUCUGCAAUCCUCACGCCUGCGUUCCUGUGAACAUAGAACCUCUCAGGGAGAUGCUGCCUACCCUGAUGGGGGGUGAACAGGCGCACAAGAAGAUGUCCAUUCUGAAGGACCGAGGCUUUACAGAAAAUUUGACAUUUGGAUGGGAUGGGCCAUCUUGGAGGUUGUUCACAGCUCUGAAGUUGCUCUGUCUGGAAGCUGAGAAAUUUAUGUCCUGGAAAAAAGUACUCCUUGGUGAAGUAAUCUCAGAUACAAAUGAGAAGACAAGCUUGGGCAUGGCCCAGAGGAUAUGCUCUGACUUCAUCGAGGAGACUCAGGCUGUGCUUCGCAAGGUUUCUGACUUGAAGGAGGGGAAGACGUUGCCGACACAUCAGCUCAGUCUGGUGGAGGCACUUCGGAUGGAAGAGCUGAGAAUCCUCCAGGCUUCUGCUGUGAUUGUGAGCAGUUCCCGAGCCCGCUGUCCCUGACAUCACCGGAGGCCUGUGACUCCCUCCUGUGGAGGGUGGACUUCCGGCAUUUUCACCAAGCUGGGAAUAAACAGACUUUUAUAUGAAGUUAUUUGAAGUCUUUGGAUGGUUUCUGUUAAAGAGUAAUGUGUGAAUAUUCCUCCCUCUGCUCCUCUAUAAAUAGUGGACUUGAAGAGCUGCUCCACGGGAUGGCGCGGCGCCUGCUCCCAGCACCGGGAAGGAUGUCCACAGGGAGCAGUGGAGGGUGCUAGGCAUUGGGUAGCUGAAGACAGACAUACGGCCGAGUUACCCUUGUCAUGGACAGACAUACUGCCGAGUUACCCUUGUCAUGGACAGACAUAUUGCUGAGUUACCCUUGUCAUGGACAGACAUACUGCUGAGUUACCCUUGUCAUGGACAGACAUACGGCUGAGUUACCCUUGUCAUGGACAGACAUACUGCCGAGUUACACUUGUCAUGGACAGACAUACGGCCGAGUUACACUUGUCAUGGACAGACAUACGGCCGAGUUACACUUGUCAUGGACAGACAUACGGCCGAGUUACACUUGCCAUCUACAGAAGUAAGCACAGCAUGGAAGGUGAGGUGAUGAGCCACAGAGUGGGAAGCUGUGUGGGUCAGACAGCCACUGUGGUCUGUUUCCCAAGUGUCUUCCAUUUUAGUUCCCUCACUGGCUGUUAAAGGUCAAGAAGUGAACUUCUAAGACUCUGAGGUAUUCUUGGCUUGAGGGACAAGUUGGGGCCGGGUGGCUCUGGUGGCGUUGUGGCAGAGGGUUGGCAGUGUUGGACCACACUGGACUGCUCAGACCUCCCCUCUGUAGAGUACCUUUGUUUCAGUUAAACUUUGUUUACAAGGAUAGGCGGUGAUAAUUCCUUUAUACUAUUAAAAACAAAAAUCCCCUCGAAAAUUGAAACUUUCACAGACAUGGUUAUCAUUGUUUUAUUUGUCCAGUGAUUAGAGGAAAAAAAAAAAAAAA